GUUUCCACGGAGAAGGCAGCGCGGCGCGCUCCGGCCGUGGCGGUAGUAUGAGCCUGUCCGUGAGACAGUGCCUUACCCUCCCCCACUGGGUCUUUCUGCCAACGCACUCAGAUUGAAACAAACCCAGCUCCUUCAGCUCCUCCUGAACCAGAUGCUGCAGCCACCUAGGAAUGAGCUUUCAGUAGACAAAACUAAAAAGAAGAGAAGAGAACUGACUGAGGAACAGAAACAAGAAAUUAAAGAUGCCUUUGAAUUGUUUGAUACAGACAAAGAUAGAGCAAUAAAUUACCAUGAGUUGAAGGUGGCAAUGAGAGCCUUGGGUUUUGAUGUGAAAAAAGCUGAUGUACUGAAAAUACUUAAAGAUUAUGAUCGAGAAGCCACAGGCAAGAUCACCUUUGAAGAUUUUAAUGAAGUUGUGACAGACUGGAUAUUGGACAGAGAUCCACAAGAAGAAAUACUCAAGGCAUUCAGAUUGUUUGAUGAUGAUGACUCUGGUAAAAUAAGCCUGAGAAACCUGCGUCGGGUUGCUAGAGAACUGGGUGAAAACAUGUCUGAUGAAGAACUGCGGGCUAUGAUUGAAGAAUUUGAUAAGGAUGGAGAUGGAGAAAUGGUCAACACACCCACUGGGCAGCACAUUAAAGACUCCAACUUACUUAUCCAACAUCUUGUAAUUGUAGUAGGAAAAAAAGAGCACCCUCAGUUCAUUGUGGAAAUGUUUCCUAUUUCUAUUUUAGUUGUUAACCACUCUCUUAACAGUGUCCCUCUAAACUGGUGGCAGAAACAAUCAAUUCCAAAACAGUAGAUUUUUGCCUUUGUGAGGUGAAAAUACAACCAAGAGGUAAAGAGUGUGAAUAUCAGUCAUUCUACUUGAUAACACCUUGGGUCUGAACAAUUGCAGCUCUUUGAUGAAGUAUCCUCAGUUAUAGUAAAUCAAGCUGAUCAUCCACCCAGAGAGACAAGCAUAUACUCUGAAUAGCAGGCCUGUUUGAUAACUGUGGAAGAAUAUUUUCAAAUCCAUGUGUUAUGGUUAAAAUUAUAAUCUACUACUUCCAUUUGUAUAUAUAAGAAAAUACAUUGGUCUUCUAUUUUGGUAUUUUUUUCUUUAUUACUUAAUGUCCUUCUUGCAGACUUCUUGCUGAAAAGGUGAAAAUAAUGUAAUGUGUAGUUCCUACUUUUGCCUCAUCUCCUAUUCUGUGUCUGAAACUUGCCCUCUGGUUGGUGAUGUCCUGAAGCGGUAACAGAGAAAUAAACUAUUUUGAAAUUCAUUUGGUUCUUCAUAUUGGACUGUCAGGCUGAACUGCUGAUGUGACUGCAGACUUGCCUUCAAAGGAGAACAUUUGUAUCAUGCUCAGUAAUCAUUUGGCUGAUGGGGAUACUAUAUGUCCUGAGCAGUGGUCUCAACUUGAUUGUUUAGGGGAAAAAGUUGUUAAAAAAAAAAAAAAAAAGUCACUUAAGGGUUCUCUGGUUUCUGAUAAGGUGAAAGGAAGCUGUGAUUUUUUCAGACCAGGAGGGCGGGUAAGCAUAGCAACCUUGGUGACGUUUUACAGCUUAAUGAGGCAAAGGCCUGAACAACAGGAUUUAUCUACCCUGCUUUGAGAAAGGGUUGGGACAUGAGUUUUGGAUUACUGUUCAGUAACUCUAACAGUAUUUGAAGUUUAUAAGUGUAAUUAAUUUAUCAACAUGGAUUAAUGCAUUAGUCAUCUUUUAAUAGUUUUGGUACAUUUACUGAAAUGACUUGUUGAAUUAGAAGACAUUCUGAACUUAUUCCUCUUUGAAUGCCAACAAAGACGCACAUUUAUUUAGUUUACAUUUCCUCUAGGUAUGCUCAAGCCAUUAAAUUCAGAGCCUUGAGUAAGAUCCACUUAAGACUAGAGAAUAACUUUCAAAAACAACAGUAGAAGAGAACAGGUGUAAAAUAAAGGAAGGUAAUCCAAGUUAACAAAUUGUCCCUUUUCACCAAUGUUUUGCUGCUUUGAGAGUAGGCAAUGGCUUCACAUCAUCAGCAGCUUUAUAUCACUAAUUUAUUGAAUUUAGUAAGUCAGACCAUAGCACAUAUGAAGUUGUGUCUGUACACGAUGGCAUAAAGCGGAAAUAUCCUUUCCUUCUGUAGUGUUUUUAUGCCAUGUACAUGCAAAAAGAGUUAACAGUAUUUUUAUGUUUCAGCUUAUUUUUAAACACUAAUUACAUGCAUUAUUAAUGGGAGGGAAAGAGGAAGCAAUCCCUGUGUCCUUUUUAGAUACUUCUGUUUCGUUCAUGAAUCAAACCACGUGAAACUUCAAUUCUGGUUUUAAUUGUAGUUGUGUGUCAUAAAAUGAAAGCAGUAUUGAUGUCUAAGGAAAGUGUUGCUUUCACCUUUAAAAUCCUCAUACCUUCAGAAGACAAUUUCAAUCAUACCUUGAUUGUGAUGUUUUAGGACGAAGCUCAAGUGGUCACUUGUCUUGCCAGACAUGUGUGUGGCUCCAUCUUAAUUUCUUUUCUUACAGCAGCACUGAUUGAGUUUCAUCUCUGAAUUUGUGUUUAAUGCGGCUUACUGAAAAGCUACUUUGGACUCCAAAUAUAUCCUGUAGAUAACUGCUACUGGCAAAGGUCAUAUACACAGAGACUAUUGCUCUUCAAGUAAACAUGCAAAUAGUAAUUAUUGUAAGUAAGAUAAUCUGUAACUAUCUUUGAAAACUAGUCAUAGACUUUGAGAUGUAUUCUCUUUCCAGUUACACUUUUACGUGUAGCUUAAAACAAUUUUAUAACCUGAAUAAGUGAAAAUAGGUUGCAACAUUAUGCUUGUUGAGCAAUAUAACUAAAUCAAACAGCUAUUAUUUUAUAUGCAGUAAAGCCUUAAUUUCCAAACUCUGGAAAAUGAGCAUCAUACUUUUGUAGUAACUGACCACUAAUUGAAUAACCCUUGAGAGUAAAGCAUUAAAAUAGAGCCAUAAUAGGCCAAACCCAUCUGUUUUACUUUCUGAAAUCUGUUGGGUUUUUUUUCCCCAUUGCACUCUUCAACCUUCACUUUGCAGAAUCAAACAGAUAAGUAUUAAUGCACAGAAGUUUCCAGUAUAUUUUCUGUAAUCAUCCAUUCUGACUUCUUAUCCCUAUUCUUAUUUAUUUUGGCCAGUAGUCCAAACAUGUUUCCAUUUUAAGAACUGUUAAGAACAUGUUUAAGAACUGUUUCUCAGGAAUUUUACAACUUUUCAACAUCUAUCUUUUUACUACUAAUCUUCUAUUUUUAUUUUUUUUAUUUUUUAGUUAUUGUUAGCCACUACAUUAUAUGAACAAUGAUAAAUUGAAGAAUAAUUAAAGUGGAAAAGGCAUGUUAGUACAUAAGGGAAAACUUACAGGAAGUUGUAAUUAUCUGAAAUCAAAACAUGAAAAAUUCAACAGAUACAGAAAUACAUGAAUUUACUUGGUAAUACUAGUGAAAUAAAACCAUGAUAAUGCCUUUUAAGUCAUGCAGAAAACACGGUGUUUCUGUGUAAUGCAACAUGGUGUAGCUAUUUGAUUGACUGACAUUUUAGAGUUUAUAGUCCUAAAAUAGAUUGUUUCCUGUUGUUUUUAAAUGUGUUGCAAGAUGGCAGAUUUGAAUUUAUUUUUUAAAAUACUUUUAACAUGAACUGGUUUAGCUUUCCUCUGGCUGUAGAUGUAACUUCUGCUUUGCAAUGGUAUGUUCAGGAUUAACUUGGGCACACUGUUUGGGGCACAUAAUUGUCAAGGACAGUUUGUCAUAUGUGUCUGUUCUUUUGCAUAUCACUGGCUUAAUCUGUUCAUUCCGCACUACGGUAAUUAGUUGCAGAGUGAACAUGUUCAUUGGUUAGCUCUUUUACAGUGUCUCUGUUUUAACAUAUGAGUAAGGUCAAUAGCUCAGGUGUAAGUGCAGUAAAAUAAUUAAUGACUGCUAAUUAAUUUAUUACUAUUACUUAAUUUCUUCAAGUACAUUUGUGUUAAGUUUCUGUUAAUUAUAACUGUAGAAUGAAGAAAGUUCAGGUGGGAGAAAAACUUGUCAAAAGUCUGUCUUAAUUCAAGCUAGUUUGUAGAAUCAUGAAAUUCAUUUUUUAUUUGUUCACUGUUACAGAUUUGGGAGAGGAAAACUAUGGUGUGAAUGUGUGCUUUUUUGAGCUAUUUUGUCAUUUUUGCUUUUUUGGGGGGAAGAUGGGAACGCAGAACACAAAGGUCUGAAUUAUUCUUUGAAGAAUAAAAUAGAAUUUGAUCAUAAGUAGAACUGCAGCUUUGUUGUUUGAGAAGCAUGUACUAUAUAUAUUGAUAUGGUUUUAGCAUAUAAAGAUGUUAAAAAUGGAAAGAAAGUGGUGUAGUUUUUCUUAGUUGUAUU